CUCAAGCAUCAUAGACGCUUCUUGAACGUACAACGGUUUGAGUUUUUGUAGUUUUCACAGUUCUGUUUUUAAUGUCCGCCACGGUCGAAGGAUUUUCAACGUGUGCAUCGCAGAGCACAGGCGCAGUCAACUUGCUAGUCAAUACCCUGCUGCAGGCGUUACUUGCAGCGCAAUGCUCCCUCUCACAUAAGGAUAACUGGGCGGAGGAUUAUGCGGAUCAGGCACUCAAAAACGGCCUGGACACCUAUGAUUUUGUGAUUGUGGGCGCUGGAACUGCAGGAUCUGUGCUAGCUAGUCGACUAAGUGAGAAUCCUGAUUGGAACGUUUUACUUUUAGAAGCCGGCGGUGAUCCACCGCAAGAGUCAGAUAUUCCUGAGCUAUUCUUCGCCAUACAACACUCCAAUUUUACUUGGAACUAUCAAACGGAACAGUCGGACAAGGCUUGCUGGGCUUCAAAAGACAAACGUUGCUAUUGGCCACGAGGUAAACUCAUUGGAGGUUCGGGCAAUAUCAAUGCGCUGCUGUACAUACCGGGCAAUCCAAAAGACUACAAUAGUUGGCUGCAGCAAGGUAACACCGAUUGGGGUUGGAAUGAUGUUUUACCAUACUUCGAGCAGAUUACCGGCUCUAAUGGACUUUUAAAAGUCAAAAAUUUCGAGAACGAAGGAUCCGAUGAAGAGUAUACAGAGAUGAUCACGUCCGGAGCUGAGGAAUUGGGUAUACCACGAAUGGCAGCGAUUACUGAAGGCAGCGAAAUUGGUUACGCCAAACUACCACGUACCAUUUAUGAAGGGCGCCGUACCAGCACUGCAAAGAGUUAUUUGGGUAGGGCUAUGAAGAGAAAAAACUUACAUGUCAUAAAAAAUGCACAAGUUACAAAACUGCAUUUCGAUGAGAGUGGCGAGCGACUGCAUUCGGCGAGUUUCAUUUUGAGAGAAAAACAUGAGUUAACAGUAAAUGUUGGCAAGGAGUUAAUACUCUCUGCUGGCGCUAUUGAUUCACCCAAAUUGCUGUUGCUUUCAGGUGUGGGACCAGCGCAGCACCUACAGUCGCUGCAUAUACCGCUCGUACAUGAACUGCCUAUAGGCGACAAUUUGCAAGAUCAUCUUUUCACAUUACUAUGCUUUAAAUUGGAAGAGAAUGCAGCGACGCACAUUUCGGAAAAAAUGGUUUUAGAUAUCGUCUACAACUAUCUAAUACACUCUCGUGGUCCGCUCUCCGGCGAUGGCGUUUUAUCUUUAACAGGCUUCAUUAAUACACUUAAUGGUAGCAACGCUCAAUAUCCCGAUACACAAUUUCUACAUCAGUUGGUGCACCGCGGUGAUUACCUAAGCUUGCGCAUUAUACUUGAUGCCUUCACGUUGAACGAUGUUUAUAUUAAAGCCAUCGAAAAGCAGUUGGAAAGCGCAAAUAUCUUGAUCGUUGUAUCAAUAUUAUCAUACCCGGAGUCGCGGGGGAAACUUCAGCUGCAAAGUGCCAACUACAAAGAUUCACCAAAAUUCUAUGCCAAUUAUUUGGAGAAUCCGCUUGACAUGGCAACACUAUUGCGUGGUAUUCGCUUUCAAGAAAAGUUGGCACACACCGCCUCCUUUCGCGCACGUGACGCACAACUAUUACAAGUGCCAAUUCCAGAAUGCGAUGCGCUCGUGACUUGGAGUGAUGACUAUUGGCGUUGCUAUGUGAAAUAUUUCACUUUUACUCUGUAUCAUCAAACGGGCACCGUGAAAAUGGGUCCCGACACAGACAAGACGAGCUGCGUAAAUCCACGUUUAAAGUUAAGAGGUGUGCGGAAUUUGCGUGUGGCAGAUGCAAGUAUUAUUAUGCCACUCAUUCCUAGUGCCAAUACGAAUGCCGCUACGAUAAUGAUUGCUGAACGCGCCGCUGAUUUCAUUAAGAAAGACUGGUUGGGCGCGCAGGCAGAGAAGACGGAGGCGCACAAUGAGCUUUAGAUGGCAAUGUUUAGUAAUGUUUUUAUGUUGUUCAAUUGUUUUUAUGACAACUCAGAUUUUAUGUUUAAACUAAAGUAGCAUAAAUAGUUUCGCAUUCGUGUGCAGCUCUUCGUGCAAACAUACAUAUGUAUGUAUGUACGAAAAACAGACAGCGAGUUUUGAUAAACUUGCUUUACUCUCCAAUGCCCAAGCAAAACUGAGUAGGAAAAAAGUUGUUUACUAUAAAUAAUUAAUUCAUUGCGUGUGUACGAGAACAUUAGAUGGCCAAACGUGAAUAAAUAAAAUAUGAAAAAAAAAAUAUUUGUAAAAAAAAAAAAUAUUUUCAUCGACAAGUAAAAGUAAAGAUCAGUAAAGAUAUUUUUUUAAUAAAAUAAUAAAUAGGAACUUUGAUCUGCUGAAUUCUUAAUGCUCGCGACCAUUUUUUCAUAACAGAGCGAUUCUGUGUCAAGUGCUCCAAGUAUUUUAGUGAUUGGCGUGAAUUUCUCUGAAAAUUGUGUGUAUGUAUAGAUUGAGUAUAAGUUAACACAAAAUAUGUUGAAAACUCGAUAUAUCUUGGCACAUAUGAAUUCAAGUCAUUUUCAUAUUUGUUUCCCAAUAUUUAGUUUACACGCGCGGUCAUAAAAACUAUGUUGUCAGCGAAUAUCGUUGACAAGUGUGUCGACGACAUCCGCUGCCCAUAUUCCCAGACAAAAGUAAAACGAAAUUGAAAACGCAUUUCCGUUCAUAAAACUGCAGCGUCUGACUUACAAUGCGAAAGCAUUAACUGCAAUGCUUUCGCAAAAUUCCAUGGAAAUCCAAAUAGCCAGCUUAUGGCUCAGGUAGUUGAUAAGUUUAACUUAUUGUCAAAAAUUAAUUCACUCUGUAUUUGAACUUUGAAGAAUAAACUUCGUUUUGAUAACGAAAGGCAUUUUUUAUUUUCAAACAUUGUCCGCGAUCUUUCUCGAGGAAAGUUCGCGUUAGUUAUUUUUUUUAAGAUCUUAGUUUAAAAAGAUCUAACUGGCGCCCGAGCAAAUUAUUUUGCCAACUCGAAGUUUGCAAAACCGCGAAAACGAGCAAGGUAUUUUGCUAACUCGAAGUUAGCAAAACCGCGAAACCGAGCAGCCUGGUAUAAAAAAUAUACCACGGAAUCUAAGCCUGUACGUGUCCGUCCGCAGGCACCCGUUCGUUUAGUGUACUGUAAGUGAAUCCUUAGUAGUGACAAACAAAACGGAAAAAAUUCACGCAGUCGGAACGGUUUUAAAACUAAGUGAAUUUAAUGAUAAUAAAAAAUAAAAAAAUAAAAUCAUCAUAAACUUUUAAAUAAAACGCGUUAUUUGGUGUGAAGAACUAUUCAAUAUAAAUGCAGUGCGUUCUAAUCUAAAUAAACAAUUGAAAAAUCAACUUUAAGAAAAAAACAACAAUAGCGUCACCACAACCACCGAGCCAUAGUAAUCUCCUGACACAUAUACAACAACAGCAACAAGUGUAUCACCAUCAACAACGUGCCCUAGCUUUGCAAGGACAUCAACAACAACAACCAGCAGCAGCACAAAUGUCAUCGGCAGCUUUAAUUAUUGUGUAAGUUAAAAUAUAUUAAUUUUUUGUUUUAAAGAAAUAUUGUGAAAAAAUUUUUUGCAUAGUAAAAGAAAAAUUUUAUAAAUCCUGAAACGAAAGAAAGGAUAAAAUUAAGA